UCAGUUCCAAAGAGCACUUCUUUGAGAGGGUGGUGAGGUCUCGCUCUCCUCCGUGUCUGUUCACUCGACGGUAGGCCGUUCCUCCGGCGGAGUUUCGUGAAGGAGCUGUUGCGCAAGCAGCGGUGACUUGUUUCUGUUGUUCUUCUCGUCGUUUUUUUUAUAUUUUGUUACUGGGCUGUUAUUUUUGUUGUUAACCAUCGUUCCGUUCUUGUUUUCGUAUUUUUUUUUAUUUGUGAGUCUUGAAGAUUUCGUGGAUUAGGGUUUGAAGUGAUUUGGUGUAGAUGGAGAUAUAGUGGUGUGGCGUUCUGCAGGGGCAGACAGGGGCAAGUGCUUUGGGUGUCCACGUUUCGUUGUGGGUAGUGCUCGCAGGAGGUUCUUUUUGCAAGUUUACGAAGAUGCCGGGCCUUGUGACCAUGAAACCCGUGUUGAAGUCUAGGGGCUCUGCCUCCAAGGCCUUGUCUAGGGCCAAGGAGGAGAGAGGCCUGGGGGCUCUGCUUUCUCAGAUUCGUGUCUCUCCUGCGAAGAAGGGCCGCUGGUCAGUUGAUCCAGAAGCUUUAGGUGUUCUUACUAGGUCGAAUCUCGCGAUGAAGCUGAGGAUGAAGCUGCUUGGAGAAGGAGCAGAAGGGGAGACUGUUAACGAGGAGGUUGAUACUUCUGGAGGCAAGCACGAGCCGAGCUCUGUGUGCCUAGCGGCAAUGGUGGACGAGUUUUUGGAAGACGAUGAUUUCGAGGGUAGCCGUGGUCGUUGUCGUUUGAGCUUUGACGAUGAGCCUAGAAAUAACGACGACGAUUCAAGGUCAUCCCUUGUAGACGAACUCAUUGCCGUACUCCACAGCAGCGCUGACAACAUACCGGAGAGGAUUGUUUUUUGUGAGGUCAGCAACUUCAUCUCCAUCACUAAGCCUGGAUUGAAUUCCGGUGAUGGUGUGAUGAGUUCUCUCAAGCGUCAGGUUAUGAGGUACUUGCGUCGUGCCGGUUACAAUGCUGGUCUCUGUAAGUCCAGAUGGGAUCACUCAGGGGGGUUUCCGGGUGGCGACUACGAAUACAUUGACGUCGUAUUCGAAAGUCCAACCGGACGAUUCGAGCGGAUUUUGAUCGACAUUGACCUAAGAGCCCAGUUUGAGAUUGCCCGUCCAACUGCCCAGUACGACAGCCUUGUGCAAGCUUUACCAUCCAUUUUCGUCGGCAGGGCCGAACAGCUUCAUUGGAUUGUUAACGUUAUGUCUGAUGCCGUCAAGCUGUCGUUGAAGAAACGUGGAAUGCAUUUACCACCAUGGAGGAGGCCUGAGUACAUGCGAGCCAAGUGGUUCUCUUCUUACAAUCGGACUACGAGUGACAUCUGGGAUAAGCCCACCGAGAGUGAGUUGCCACAUGGUUCUGUUGCCUCUGCGAGUGGAUAUGGAUGCCAUAAUACGGACUUGGUGGCAAGAGUCGCGGAGUUCCCGAGGCCAGUGGAGAAACCUGUUGGGGAAGUAACGAACACAACCGAGAACAGGUUUGACGCUGGUGGGGAGACCCAGAAGACUGCCGGUUCUGUUGAUAACAACGACUGGAAUCCUCCAGUGUUGAAAGCAAAGAAACUUCAGGCUCCUGGGCUUGCGUCGAUGUUCAGGGAGGGCAGUCUUUCGGCCUCAAUGAAGAACAUGAGGGCCUCAGAACGGAAGGAUCUGGUGAUGGUGGCAUAAGAAGUAGAUUUGCUCCAUCUUCGAAGACUAUCAAUUUUGAAAGCACACUUAUUCUUUUUUCAUUUGUACAAUACACCUUCGUGCUUGAUGUGCGGUGCCGGUUUACACAUCCCCAUCGAAGGUGAUACAUUUUGAUGAAGGCUACGCUGUUGAGUUAUAGUUUGUGCGAGAUAUUUAGAAUAUUGAGAAAAAAACAUAUAUAUACAGAAAAAACGUCGGCAAUUCAUGGGAUGGUAGCCCUACUGCCCAGUUAGGGCCGUCCCGCCAAAGAAAGAGUUUAGAGUUGUGUUCCUUUUUUGUUGAGUUUGUGGAACUAUUAAUUCCACUAGAGUUUUGUGAGUGUUACAUUUUUGUAGUGUGGGCGGUGUACAGAGUAUGGUUGGACACGUUGAAUUUGCCUUAAGAAGCGGGUCGAAGAAGCAGGGCUCGAGUUACGCAGGUUACUGAGUCGGGAGUUUAGUUGGGCUUUGAAGCUGCUUGAUAUGCAGUGCUGAUUAUUGAGAUUGGAAAAAAUUUCAAAACAAUAUAAGUUAUGGGAGAAUAAAGCAGUCAAUGCUAUAUGUUGUUUUUGUGCA